CGGAAAUUGAAAUUGUCAAAGGUGGGGGGGACUCAGUCUUUGUUAGUUCUCCCUUCCAUUUUUUCUUCCCUUUUCUUCCACCUCUUUAUUUUUAUAUAUCAAAUGGCUCCUCAACAAAAGUCUGGUAUCGCUGUCGGUCUCAACAAGGGUCACAUCACCACUCGUCGUGAAUUGAAGCAAAAGCCCUCUAACCGCAAGGGUGCUGCUUCUAAGCGUGCCACUUUUGUUCGCAACAUUGUCCGUGAAGUUGCUGGUUUCGCUCCUUAUGAACGUCGUGUUAUGGAAUUGAUCAAGAACUCUAAGGAUAAGCGUGCUAAGAAGCUUACCAAGAAGAGACUCGGUACUUUCCUUCGUUCCAAGAAGAAGAUUGACGAAUUGACCAACGUGAUUGCUUUGUCUCGACGAUCUUAAAUCAACAUGACCUUUUAUUACGACGAACUACCAUGAUACAACCCUCCAUUAUGUACCAACAAUAAAUAUCAUUCACAAAAAUGCCAACAAUCCUUAUUGAACACCUACAAUCUUUUAUUUUUUGUCGUUCCAUAUAAUACUCCCUUUUCUCUCCUCUUCCCAUACAUACACACUGUCAAUAUAGCAAACCGAUCAUUCAUUGUUUGAUAGGAUAUUAUUUGGAAUCAAGGAAAUAAAAACUGGUGAUGUUUGGAUUAUUUGAUGUAGAGAGUAGAUGAUAUAAAAUUUAUUUUUAUGGAUUUGAUUGGAUAGGCUAUAGAACAUAAAGACCCCCCUUUUUUUUU